GGAGCAGAAGGGAGGCUCAGUCUGUUCAGCAGCAGGACAAUGGACCGUCUCCUGCACCGAUCCUAACCGGAACACACCGGGACACAAGGAGGUGAAAGUCAAACAGCUGCAGGAUGCUGCCCUCCUACUCGCUGCUAACCUGCUGUUCACCGGGGGGCAUCUGAUCUACCAAACAUGAUGAAGACUGAACCCCCGUCGGCCUCGGGGGGCAACGGGACCUCCAGCGGUGGCAGCUCCAGCCUGCGGAGCCCCUCGCCCCAUCGCAACGCCUACGAGGCGGGGCUGGCGGCACUGAAGAAGGCGACGGACCACCUCAACAAUGCUGCGAACGGCGCCGGCAGCUCUAAGCCGACUCCACUGCCCCGACCCACCGGGAGGGGCCGGAAGUACGGAUCCAACGUCCACCGCAUCAAGAACAUGUUCAUGCAGAUGCAGUCUCCUGGAGACGAGGAGGAGGGAGACAAAAUGAUUGGUGCAGAUCAGGCAGUGAAGCUGUCUUUACCGAGGGCGUCCAGCCUGAACGAGAACGUGGACCACAGCGCUCUGCUCAAACUGGGGGCCGUGGUCUCAGAGAGGGUCAACCGCUUUGACUCUAAGCCCGAUGGAGAGGGGGGCGGGGGAUUCUCCAAACUCCAGGAGACCAGGAGGAUCUUCGAGCAGCGGACUCUACAGGAGAAGCAAGCUGCCACCAACCGGAUAUUGCUGAAGAAGGAGCGAGCAUCGGGCUUCCAGGACAGCCGCCUGGAUGUCGUGGCUCGAUUUAACGGCUCCACCGAGGCUUUGGACCGGCUGGACGACCCCCCUGCUCUUGCUCCUGCACCACUUCCUGCUCCUGCUCCACUUCCUGAUCCUAUUCCUGAUUGUAUUCCUGCUCCCGACGUUCUUCCCGUUGCCGCAGCUUCAGUCGGUGAUGCCGUCAGCCCGACCGUGAGUCAGCUCAGCGCCAAGUUCGAGAAGACCGACCCCCCGCAGAACAAUGUCGCCCAACGUCGCCCAGGCCCCGUCCUACCGCCAAAGCCCAAACCUCCAGCCAGAGGGGAAGCUACCGGCAGGAAGGGGAAGGUGCCACCUCCCAGUAAGGAUGACCAAAAGGAGGUUACAGGAGUAAGCAACCAAGCAAAGGAACUACCCGAAACUGCUGAUUCUCUACAGAACAGCAAAACAGAAGUGGGAUCCAGUGAGGACAAGGAAGAGUUUGGACAGUCAGGAGACAGGCCUAUAAGCUCUUCCUCCUCGUCUUCUUCGGAGGUCAAAGCGGAGUCGGAGGUCCAGCAGCCAACAGCGACUGAAGCCCGGGGCUCGAGUACUAUGACUCCCCCGGGUCAGGAUCCACAAACUGACGAGCUGGACGGCUCCACCGGGGGCUCGGAGGUCGAAUCCAGGCUGGUUCAGGCCGAGGUUCAUGCCUCUUUGGAAAAUGGAGAAAAAGAGCCUCCUGGUUCCUCUCCUUCCACGGAGGAACGAGGAGAGGACUCUGAUCGAAGGGAAGAGGAUGAGGACAAUGAGGAUGGCUCGAGGAAGGAGGAUUACUCGGAGGGGGAUCUGGUGGAUAUCAGUGCGUACAGCGGGAUCGGGGAGGAGGACUCUGGGGGGAGCCAGCUGGACGAUGAGGAGGAUGAGGAAGAUGAGGAGGAGGAAGAGGAGGAGUAUCAUCCGGAGAGCAGCUGCUCAGAAAUCCCGGGGCUCCCUGAGGAAGAGGAGCCGCCGCCGCCCAAUAGGAAGAUUCAGUUCAGCGUCGGGCCAAUCAAGGUGUUCACCACGUACUCUAACGAGGACUACGACCGGCGUAACGAUGACGUCGACCCGAUGGCGGCCUCGGCGGAGUACGAGCUGGAGAAACGAGUCGAGAAGCUGGACCUGUUUCCUGUGGAGCUGGAGAAAGACAAUGAUGGUCUGGGUAUCAGUAUCAUAGGGAUGGGUGCAGGAGCCGACAUGGGUCUGGAGAAACUGGGGAUCUUUGUGAAGACGGUGACGGACGGAGGAGCUGCUCAGAGAGACGGCAGGAUCAUGGUGAAUGAUCUGAUCGUGGAGGUCGAUGGGACCAGUCUGGUUGGCGUCACUCAGACCCUCGCUGCCUCAGUCCUCCGAAACACCACAGGCACCGUCAAGUUUGUGAUUGGACGGGAGAAGCCGGGCGAGCAGAGCGAGGUCGCUCAGCUGAUCCAACAGACUCUGGAGCAGGAGAGGUGGCAGAGAGAGAUGAUGGAGCAGAGAUACAAGCAGUACAUGGAUGAUGACGACGAGACCGGUGAGUACGCCACGGACGAGGAGGAGGAGAUGAGUCCGGUGUUCCCCAACUCCAUCGAGGUGUUCGACCUGGCGGAGAAUCAGGACAUGUCUCCUGUGGAGCUCGACCCCGAGAAACUGGCCCACAAAUUCAAAGAGCUCCAGAUCAAACACGCGGUGACCCAGGCGGAGAUCCAGCUGCUGAAGAGGAAGCUGGCUCACGCGGAGCAGGAUAAGCUUCGGUGGCGGAUGGAGCGAGCUCAGCUGGAGCAGAACAUCCGGGACAGUAAGGAGAGGAUGGAGAAGCUGGAGGGGUACUGGAUGGAGGCGCAGUCGCUCUGUAAGGCGGUGGACGAACACCUGAAGGAAACUCAGUCCCAGUACCAAACUCUGGAGAGGAAGUACAGCAAGGCCAAGAGGCUGAUCAAAGAGUACCAGCAGAAAGAGAUCGAGUUCCUGAAGAAGGAGACGGCUCAGCGUCGAGCAGAAGAGGAGAGCGAGGCGACGCACAAAGAGGAGGCCGACACCCUGCAGGAGAAGAUUACAGACUUAGAGACCAAAGUGGACGCUCUGAAGACCCCGAACGCCUCGUAGACCUUCAUCUGUGAAGAGGAGGAAGAGGAGGAGCGCUGCCUUCAUCACCUGGGCUGUACUUCACUGCAAUCAAACAUCUGCUGCACGGACAGGAAGUGUGGGGGGUGGGGGAGAAUAACAGGAAUGACAUUCAAAGAGGAAAAGAAGCAACUUCUCAUCUGCUGUCCGUCAACUACAAAUCCCAGAAUGCUCCUCUGAAUUUCCCACAAUCCUCCUUGUCUGUCUUCCUGGCUUGGCAUCAACAACACACUCGACACUCUGUGCUUUAUUUAUAUCGGCUUCUCCUCCCGGAUUUCAUUUCUUUGAAAAAGGCACGUUUACUGAACCGGCUCGUCACAAAGUGCUUUAUAGAGCGCAGACGAAAACAGAGCAAAAAAAGGACUUUUGAUUGUCGUUAUACUUUUUGAACGCUGAACCAUUCCUUUUUUUUUCGGGAUUGGACUGGAUUCUUACGAGGAAGAAAAAUAAAACUACUUGGAGAAACGGCCAUGUUUUAAGACAUGCUCUGGGGUGGAAACGUGGUCGUAAAAAACACACAAAAACUCUGGAGAAGGAAAAAGCCACCACCUGCUGAUCGCCGAGUAAUAAAAACUACAAACAAGAUGGCCGACACAUUUCAGAUUAGUGACAAAAAUGGAAAACGCCCACCCAUCUACCAGCCUGCGUGCAAUUGGAAGAAAAUACUGUCUGUAAAUAUUCAAUACGUGUAUUUAAAAGUGUUUAAAUAUCUGACAUCGGAGGGGUUAGCCUGUGCAAUUAGCCGAAAGACUACGAAAUAAUUAUCAUCUCUUUUCUACCGCCAUCAAAGGCAAACAGGGUGUGUGUAGUCUCAUGCUGAUAGAGCUUCUUACGGUGUGUAUCUGUGGGUGUGUACUAACCGCUGUGUGUGUGUCGGUGAACAUGCACAUCAGGAAAACGUUUCCAAAAAAUCCAGAAUCGGGGAAAUAGUGGAAUAUGGAAGCAGUGGUGGAAAGUGUUACUUACAUUUACAUUUAUUUAGUGUAUUAAUUCUUUAUUUUUUUUAACCAAAGUUAUAAAAUGAAUUGGAAAAUUACAAAAAGAUAAAUUGAUGCCAAAUAAUUAUCCCUUAAUCUGCUAAAAAUAAACUAAAUAAUAAACGAGUAAAAUACACACCCCCAAAAUCACAAAAAUAUUCCCAAUAAAUUGGACAAGUAAUCUUUUAAAUAAGAUGCCCAUACAUUUUCUCUAAAUCUGUCAAACAUUAUUAAAAUGGUAGAAACUGGCUAAUUUAAUUUAUGGCAAAACAUCUGGUUUUUAUAUCAGUUUUUUAUAUAAUGGACAAUAUUUUGCUUUGAAGCAGACGCAAUAUGAAUUGGCAGGAAAGAAGGAAAGGUGAAGUACCUUGAAUUUGCAUUUAAGUACAUUUCUUAGGUAGAUGUACUUAGUUACUUUUCACCACUGUUGUUAGUAGAAAGAGGAUAUUUUUCAGUUGCAUUUACUGCAUAGGUAUUUAAGUCCUACAUUCAAUCUGAGGAUAUGUAAUGGAUUUUUCAUCAGUGUCAAUGGUUCAAACAUUUCUUGGAGGUAAAACUGCUCCAUGAAUCUCAUUAUGGGAACAUAAGUUGGUAUAGAGCCAAACAGGUGAAAAGAUGCUGACUCAUGCUGCAUUUCUUUUAGGCAGAUACUGAAAAUACAGUUUUUAAAAUCUUUUAAACAUAAUUUAAAACAAGUAUUUCCCUCACAGGCGCUUAAACUGAGUUAAUCUGGAAACCCGACCAAGAUAUGUCCUGGAUAAUUUUCAGUGGAAAAAGAAUUUCUGAAAAAAACUACUAGUAGCUCGUUAGCUUAAUAGGCUAGUUAGCAUUUCUGAUCUUUUUUAAACGAACAAAAUAAGCUCCCUCAAAGCAUAACAUUCAAAAUUCAGUAUUAAAAAAUGAUAAAGUAAAUUGGUCCCUAUAAUAUAUCUAUUUUUCUACUUUCAAUCAGUAGUUGUCUUUGCUAAUCGGCUAAUGUAGCUGUGUUAUGCUAACGUAGCUGUGUUAUGCUAACGUAGCUGUGUUAUGCUAACGUAGCUGUGUUAUGCUAACGGUGCUUUGUUAUGCUAACGUAGAGGACAGUUUUUCCUCUGAGAAAUGGAAACGAGCUAAAGUAUUAUUCAGGAAACUGUGUGCAUGUAAACUCACCUCACAUUAUUAACAUUAUUAGGAGAAGAGUAGAAAAUCCCAGUGCCAGUAUUAUGACUUUAGUUAGUGAAACAAACCCAACAUAGUCCAGAUAUGGGUUCAAUACACGAGUGUUACUGUGGUCGAUCAAGGCCAGAUUUUAUUUGACAUUUUUGGAGGUUCAGGUAUAGAUGCAUAACAUUCUUUUUUACCAACAAAGUUCCUUCUUUGUCAGAUUAAAUUGGGGGGGGAAACACAGAAAUUGGUCAUUGCUGAUUUUUAAAGAGUCAUUCCACCAGAGAUGGGUUAUUUUAGCCUCCUCAUUUUAAAUUGGCUGAUGCAUAAUUGUCUUAAUUCGUCCGUGGGAAUAUUUUUUUCAUGCAGUACAAUCUCUGUUUGUAAAAUAUGAUAAAUGUAAGUAUUCUGAUUUGACUAUCAUCCAGGAGUUGUUUGGAAGUUUCAAAUGUGCAUGGGGAUGGGGAAAUGGUGCUGAUUCAGACACAAAAAGGAAGAACUUAUACAAGGUAUUAAACGAGCAAAAUGUGUAUUUGGCUAAUGUUGUUGUUCACCAUUAUUAUGAGUUUGUGUUGAGAUAAUACAGCUUGCUGGCGAGCUCUGAAAAAGUCUAAUUAAUUGAAAACCUUGAACAAGAAAACAAUAGAGUGGUGCAGGAAUUUCUGUAGUGGACCCUGAAGGCAGCAUCUCCUGGUCCAAUGGGAUUACUCCAUGUGAUUUUGGAUAAUCUCCACAUAAUAAAACCAUGAUUUCUGAAACAAGUGAAGCUAAAGUUAAGCUAUAAAGGACAACAACCAAAAACACAUUCAGAAAACCAUUGACUUCCAGACCAGGGACAGGAAGUGGUAAAAUGCUAACUCAUUCCUGCACCACUCUGAUUAGGCUGUAUAGAUCCUGAGUUGUCGUUUCUUUUAGCACCAUCCUCUGGUAAAUAUUUUGUCAAAUGAUUUUGGUUUACCAGCCAGAUCUUUCCAUGAGCCUCAGCUACACAUUGUAAUUUAUGCUAACUAGCACUUGUUGCUAACUGACAAGGUAAACAUCAGCAUGUCACUGUGAGCAUGUUAGCAUUAGCAUCGAACAAAAGCACGCCUUCAUAGAGGCUGUAGACCUUCCUAAUAUAAAAGCAUAUUUAGUUUGUGAUCUUGCAAACACUGAAACACUUUCACAGAAAUGUCACUUUAAGCACUCUGUGACUUAGUGGUGUGAGUUGUGAUGCCUUUAGAAUAAGGUGUCCCUGUGUGUUGAUUUAAAGCGGCUAAUGUGAUCGAGAACUUUAACAGGAAAAUGAGAAAUCACCUGUUUUUCAUGGAUUUAUGGUGAAACAUGUCAUCGUACUAUGAACAGGUUGGGUGAUUUCUGAUGUUUGAGUGAGGCAAGUCCACAGUAUUUCAUGUUUUUUAAUUACUUGUUUACUACAUGCAGUAUAUUUACAUUAACCUCUAUCAGACAGGGUCAAAUCAGCCAUAAAUUGGGUUGUUUUUUAUUCCUUGAGUAUUUUUAUUACAGUUUCAUCUCUUCGUCAGACCAAAUGUGAGCUGUACAGUUGUUUUAUGUCCACAUUAAGUCACUCUGGUUGUAGAUCUGAACAGGAAGUGACCUCGCUGCCUUGUUAUUAUGACUUCUUCUUUAGUUCAACUUUUAAAUGCUGCUUCUGCCUUCACAAAGCCUUCUGAUGUUUGCUCGCUGAUUAUUACCCAUCAUGUCUCCUCAUUAAAAGCCCCGAGAGGCAAGAAGUAAA